AUGCAGGAUACCUUUGCAGAACUGACGCGUGCUCGCACGGUGCCUCGAAUCUUCGUCAAGGGCCAAUGCCUGGGUGGUUGUGACGAUCUGAUGGCAAUUGAAGAAAGCGGACAGCUACAAAAGGUUCUCGAGGGGAAGUCCUUUCAGAUCAAUGUCUCAGAGGCCCAACAGCUGAAGACAUCGACUUCUGCAGAGAAGCUGAAUCAGUUUUUUCGCCAGGAUCAGUGGCGCCAGAAGCUGGACCCAAGACGUUAUCGGGUGCGUUUCCAACUCCCAGCUGUGUGCGUGGUCCCUGAAGUGUUCUGGCAAUCAGGUACUCCGACAGCAGGGGACAGAGCCACCCGGCUCUCACGAGGAUACUUUGCCUGCGGAGCGUGCGGUUUGCCGCUCUACUCCGCCAAAUCCAAGUUCCGAAGCAACUGCGGUUGGCCAGUUUUCAAGACCUGCUACUACUCCGAGGAUGCCGGCGGCUGCCACGUGGGCACCGUCUCAGAGUUUGGUGGUUUGGAAAUCGUUUGCAACAGAUGUGCUUCCCACCUUGGCCAUGUAUUCUUCGAUUCUUUCAAGCCAGACAAUCCAAACGGCGAGCGACACUGAGCCAACGGGCUCUCCCUGACAUAUGUCGAGGGAGAGCCUGAAAUGAAGCUGAAAGAGGACAAGGUGGACUUGAGCAAGCCAGGAGCCUCCAAGGGUGGCAGCUGCAGUACGAUGUAAGGUUGCCGGAGGCGUGCUGCUUUGGCCUUCUUAAGGAGACGCCACGCGAAUUCCAUGCUCUGUGAACCUGGAUGCCUGCCCUUGGCUUAGGCCAUUGGCGGCUUCGGCAGGUGAGAAGCAUGUAGUGAACAAAGUCUUUGGCUGGAGGCAAAAGCAGCUGAAACGAGUUGCGCUUGCGCAAUCAGUCGCAUCGUGGUCCCUCUCACGCAGAUCGC